AUGGCCGAGCUUAUCAUCAAAAAAGAACGAAGAAAAAGCCUAAGCGUCUUUAGUCCAUCCUCCUCCACAUCGGCUCCACCUCUUCGGCCUACUCUUCAUGAUCGCACUCCGUCAGAUGAUACCCUCACACGAGAGAAGAAAGCACGUCGCAAUUCGGGUUUCUUUGGCCGGUCCCAAAGUCCCAACCGAUGGGCCAGUGGCGGCAAUGUCCUCCGUCGGCCAGGUGCCGCCGGUUCGGACACCGCCGCCUGGUCCGCUGCGGCGGCACCCCUCGAGACUGCACGGCCACGGAAAUCUUUACAGAAGAAACGAGCAUCGGUAUUUGGCUCGUUAAAGUCUAUGCACGCCGGUGAUGAGGACGAUAUCCUCAGCGCCGCCGUGGCUUCCAUGGGAGAUGAACCACACAACGCAACCAGUCCCGGAAAUGGGACCUGGUCAUCUGCGAUUCUCCACCACGGUGAAAUCCAGACAAUGGGUGGUAUGUGGAAGCGGAAAAGCCAGUACCUCGUUCUCACAGACACGCAUCUGGUUCGCUUCAAGAAUCAGGCCAAGGCUGCCGAUACAUUUCCUUCGAUUCUGCAUUCUUACAAUGGCCGAGCCCCGGCAUCGCACCGCCAAUCCAUCGCCUCGCUCAAUUCGCUGCAGGACAUGCAGCUGAUGGUUGCAACCGAAGCAUCGGCGGGUAUUCCGCUAAACAGUAUCAUCGCAGUGUACAUGCUGGAAGAUGGUCGACUAUCGCCUACCGUGGAAGUGGCUUAUCUCGACGAACGCACGCACAAGGCGGCAUUGAUACAAAUGCAGACCGCCGAUCUUCAAGAAUUGAAUCUCUGGAUGGUUGGAAUUCGCCAGGCUGCGCAAAUGGCACGGUCAAACGAUCCCCUCGCGUUCAAUCGGGGUUCCGUCGAGUACGUGAUUAGGAUGUUGGAGCACGAACGAGAUUACGAUCCGGUUGCAUUCCGGAUGUUCCGCGUCAUACAGAUUGCGUCUAGCAAGUCCCCCACUCGUUCGUCCUCGGAUGAUUUGACGAAACUGUCGCCUACGGGUUGCUACCUGGCUAUUGGAUUACACAAGGUUCAUCUGAUACCUAUGCAAAAGACAGCCAAUCGGUCAUCAUUCGUGUCUUUGUCCGACCUAGAGACGGGUGCCUCGUUUGGUCUGAUGAAUUUGACAGGGUUGUCUAUGGAGUACGGUGAUGAUAGUCUGCAUUUAACUUUCAGAAUCCCACUUCGAAAAUCUUUCAACGUGUUCCUGGCUUCCGUUCAUUCGGUGGAGGUGGCCUGUUGGGUGCGACAGCAUACCGAGUUCCUACGCCCGUUGUGGACAAGACAACCGUACGACUUUGUUGUUCCGCGCCAAUUGAACAAUGAUGAGAAUUUCCCUCCCGUCACUUUGGAUGAAGACUACGGCUGCUUUGAUCGAACUUUGGUUGCUUAUUCUGCGAGCUACGAUGUGGACACCUCCAAUAUUCGAUACACGAUUGACCUGGAAUGCGAGGACGCUCCGUGCUUCCGUCUUUUGCGACCUGCGUCUGCGACGAAUCCGCGAUACAGUGCUCUGGAAUUGAUUGCAGUUAUGCGCGCUCUCCGAUAUAACGAGUCAUUCCGGUCGAUUUCAUGCCGUGGCAUCAAUCUCGACGCUUUGCAGGGUUUGCGAGAUGUUCACGGUGUGGAUGCCGACGUACACCUCGACAGAUCAGGAUGUCUUGUAAAUAUCCCAGGGCAAGGAAACUUGACCGUCCUCUCGCAAGAGGUGCGUGCAUUAGCAUUGAAGAGCCAAUGGCUGCGCCGGCUCGACUUUGCAUACUGCCUGACUCGCACGCCAACCUUGGAUAGGGGCAGUCGGGAUCCCGGGUGUGGAAUUCCAGAGGCUAUCUUCCCCGUCUGUCGUCGAGAAUUGACUAGCGUGGAUUGGGUUGUGUUGAAUGGUAUCAAACUCGGCGAGUCGGAUCUGGAUUACCUGGUGGAUGCGGCAUCGCAGAAACAGAGUCACCUGCGCGCACUCGAAGUUGGCGACUGUGGUUUGUCCGUACACGAUCUAGAUCUUUUGCUGUCUACCAUUGUCGCACAGGAAAACACGCUCGAGGUUAUCAACAUUUCUGGAGUGCAGGGUCGCUUGAGUCCGGACGUUCUCCAACAGUAUAUCGGAUACUUUGGCCAGAUUCGCAAGAUCAAUCUCUCCCGCAUUUCUCGCACAUCAGGCCCCGAGCCGCUGAUUACGGCAGAAAUGUUGUUCAAUUGGCAACUCGAGGAGCUAGUUCUUAGCCGCACGGCUCUCAAUCGCGAGACUGUGGACUCUAUUGCGACGUACCUCGCCAGUGACCGCUCACGUAACCUGCGGAUGCUUCGUCUUGAUCAGUGUGGGUUGAGUGGUGAAGACGUUGCCAUGUUCAUGCAUUCGAUGUCCUUGGGACCAGACUCACCGCGCAGCUUACACUUGCAUGUCAACGAGAACCGCCUGGAUAACGGCUGUUCGUUCCUUUUCGACGCCAUCGGCAAGAAUAUGGCGCCCUCGCAUCUGUCUAUGCAGAUGAUCGAUUUUAAGAAAGAGGAGCAGUUCCGACUCCUUGUUGAUUCGCUUCGCAAGAACCGGACUCUGCGGUACUUGGAUAUCUCCAAGGCUUCUCUGCCGUACGAUGCGGGCCCGGAAACCUGCCGUUCGCUGCAGAUGAUGUUUGAGGAGAAUGAGACUCUGGAGGCUCUUGAUAUCAGUGGCGAGAGUGCUCAUCUUGACGUUGCUCGGUUCGGAAUCGGACUUAAUCUUGCACUUACUGGAUUGAAGAAGAACAAGUCUCUCAAAUUGUUGCGGAUCGAGCAUCAGAAGCUUGGUCUUCAGGGUGCGAAUACGUUGGCCUCAGUACUGGAGGAGAAUGAAUCGCUUCGGGAAGUGCACUGUGAGAACAACGAUAUUAACCUGCAAUCUUUUACCGUGCUGGUCAAUGGGUUGCAGUGCAACCACACUCUUCUCAGUCUUUCUUGUAUGGAUCGCGACAGGAUUCUCUCACUUGACAAGGUCCGUCGGGAGGUGGAUAAUGUUCGCUGGGAUACGAGCAACGUGCAGACAUCGACAGCGACAUCGAUCCGUCGCUCUCUACAUGCUGCCAUGGGUGUUCGUUCUGGCGGUGCUAGCAACCGACUCAGUAAGCACAUGUCACCGAACACUUCUCCCACUCCGGAAUCCAUCCCAUUUGCCAGUCAAAACGUCGACCUGGUGCUACAGUCAUUGCAGCGCAAGUGGGAUGUAGAGGUUUCUCGUCUGCAACGGUAUCUCCUCCGCAACUACAACAUCGCCAACGGCACCGGAGACGAAACAAUCGACGACACCGCUAGCGAUGGCCGCCCCGCCACAGCCGCAAGCCUGGGUACAAUGCUCGAGAACCUGAAAUUUGAAGUCGCCGUCUCCGCCGAUGAAAUCCACGCCUCACCACCAGACACAACCUCAUUAAUCCAUCUCUCCCGCACAACAACCUGCGAAUCCCAACCCGUCCAAAUCAAAGCAGAACCAAAAACAUCCCGCAAGAAAUCCCUCCAAAGCCUCCGCGCCCAAACGUCCCGCGCCUCACAAAUCCUUCCACCAGAAUACGGCUCAUCAAGUUCAUCCUCCGCACGCCUAGCUCUCCCCGUGCCCGCCGUACCUGCCGCAGUCACAAAGUCGAAUAGUGUCCGGAGCGCGCGCAGCUCUAGUACCGUUUCAACUGGGACUGGCAGUGGACGGAGUACGUAUGGGAUGGCUUCGUCGACGCUGAGGGGCUUUUUGACGGGGAGUGCGUUGAAGGAUAAACGCCGUGUUGACGUGAUGCGUCCUGUGUGUGUUUCUACGAAUGAUAAACCCCCGCAGUUGGACUGGGCUCCUCCGAAGUUGGAUUUGCAGGAGUUGCGAUAG